AUGGAUGAAAGUACACCUCUCACAUCAAGUAAACUACACACGGUAAAGAAUAAUCCAAUUGUUACUUCCUUUCUGAAGGCAAAAACUUGGUAUCAAUCAGAAAGAUUGAGAAAGUUGCGAAGAUGGGCUGCUUUGAUAGUUGGCUCGGUAAUGAUGAUAGCAGCUGGAACUCAAUAUGCCUUCUCUUCUAUCGGUCCUUCAAUUAAACAACAAUUUCAUUUGACUCAAUAUGAAGUGAAUUUAAUUGGAACAGCAACAAAUAUUGGUUCUACCACAGGAAUUUUGUUUUCAUUGAUUAAUGACUUUAUUGGACCAAGAGUUUGUAGCUUGGCAGCUGGAAUUGUCUUGUUUGGGUCUUAUUUCAUCAUGUCAUUGACAGUUUCAGGUGCCAUUCCAGAAGCAGGAAAUUAUAUUGCCAUGUCUGCAUUCAUGUUUCUUGUUGGCAACAGCAGUGGUGGUGCUUAUAUUGCUUCCUUGACCACAAGUGUAAAGAAUUUCCCUGAAAAGGACAGAGGCCUAGUUGUUGGCCUUCUCUCCUCCUUCUUUGGUAUUAGUAGUGCCAUCUUUUCGUUAUGUUUCUCAGUCGUUUUCAGACAAUCUUUGCCAGUUUACAUGUUUUUCUGUGCAAUCUUUGGCGGCGUUGCAGUGAUCAUUCUUGGAACAAUCUUUCUCGAUAAUAAUUCAUCAUCUGAAAAGAAGGAUACUACUCCAAUAGUUGUGAAAGAAGUAGAAUCAAAUACUGAAACAGUUUCCAUUAAUAGUAAUCUAGCAGAUGAGACAACUGGACUUGUUGUGGAAAAGGAAGAAGGUUUACAAGUUCUAUCAGAGGAAGAAAUUAAGGAAAAGUUGGCUCAGGAUCAGAUUGAGAAUAUCAAUAGCUGGAGAAUGUUAAUCUCCUUCGAUUUUUGGUUGAUUUUCAUAAUAAUCUUCUUGUCAAUUGGAUCAGGAAUAACAAUUGUGAAUAAUUUGGGAUCUAUUGUACUUGCCUAUGGAGGGUACAAUGGGCAACAAACUCCUAUCGUAAUUACCUUUUCAAUUUCUAAUUGUCUUGGAAGAUUGGUGUUUGGUUGGUUGAGCGACAAGUUCUUUUCUCCUAAAAAGGGAAUUACAAGAAUGUUCUUCUUGGCACUCUGUAUUAUUAUCAUGUCCAUUUCCUUAUUACUAUUUGCAUUUGUUCCAAUUCCUGGUUUUUAUCCAUUAAUUAUCAUUAUGGGACUUUGCUAUGGAGGAAUUCUCUCAGUGGGUCCAACCUACAAUAGUGAAAGAUUUGGUCCAAAAUACUUUGGAUUGAACUCUACUUUACAAUUAGUCGCAACUAGUCUUGGCUCUUAUGCAUUCUCCACUGGAAUGGCUGGUUCCAUCUAUCAAAUGAAUAUCAUUCCACCAAGGACUAGAACAUGUCAUGGCAAAGAAUGUUACUUGUUGACGUUUUACAUCUUGUCUGGAUUGUGUGUUGUUGCCUUGUUGCUAUCUCUGGUGUUACAUAAGAGAAGUUUGGGUCUCUAUUUCAAAAUUGGAAGAAGAAGAAAGUAUUUGGCCAUGUUGGAGAAGAUUAAUGUUGAGAAGAGGAAGCAAAAGAUGAAUCAGGCUUAG